CUUAGGGCCAAACGACGCCCAUCGAGCCAACGAGGAUACGCCGUGCUAUGCAUUUAAUAUAAAUUUAAUAUAAUUAAAUCAGUAGUGAAAAAUAAUAGCUGUAAACAAUGAGUUCCUCGGGUAGUACCAAAAAUCAGUAUCUGGCAGCCAUAAGUGUUAACAUUGUGACCAUAUCCUAUGGCGCAUUUUGUGGCUGGCCCUCGGCCAGCUUUCUCGAACUUGGCAGCGAGGAUAGUCCCCUGGAAACGGGUCCACUGUCCAAUCAGGAUCAGGGCUGGGUGGCCUCCACCAUUUGCAUAGGCGGUCUGUUCGGCACCAUUCUGUAUGCCUGGCUGGCGGAUAAGAUCGGCAGACGCUGGUCACUGCUGUGGAUGGCGCUGCCAAAUUUGAUUGGUUGGAUUAUCAUACCUUAUGCCAGCACUCCAACGCACUUGAUUAUUGCACGCUUCAUUGGCGGAGUGGCGGGCGGUGGCUGCUUUGCUGUGAUACCAAUUUACGUGGCAGAAUUGGCAUCGGAUAGUGUUCGCGGCAUCCUGGGCACUUAUCUGGUAGUCACCUGCAAUGGUGGCGUCGUCUUGGCCUUCAUUUUGGGCUACUUUUUCGACUAUAUCACAGUGUCCUGGAUUGUCUCUACCCUGUCCUUUGUGUUUGUGGGUUGUUUCUGGUUUAUGCCCGAGACACCUCAGUAUCUGGCCAAGCAGAAUCGCGUGGAGGAGGCCGAACAGUCGCUGCGUUAUUAUCGCAAUAUACGCCUCAGUCCCGCCAAAGAACUCAGCGAAGAUCUCAAGCUGGAGCUGGAGAAACUGAAGCCCAGCGAAAAGACAGAUCUCGAUGCCAAGGAUGCUGACAAUGCGGAGGAUGAAAAUGCCGUCACCUGGGCUGAUUUUGCUGAGGCCAAAGCCCGCAAAGCCUUUCUCAUUGGUCUGGGCCUCGUGACGUUCAAUCAGCUGUGCGGCUGCUUUGCGAUGGUCAACUACACGGCUGUGAUAUUCGAGCAAGCGGGCGCCAGUCUGGCACCCACAGUGUCAGCCAUAAUUGUGGGUUCCAUACAGCUGCUCGGCACCUACACAUCCACGGUGCUGGUGGAGCGACUCGGACGCAAGAUCCUGCUGCUCGUCUCAGCCGUGGGCAUUGGCCUCGGGCAGAGUGCCAUGGGCAGCUACAGCUACCUGAAGGUGUUGGGCUACGAUGUCAGCUCCUACGGUUGGGUGCCCAUUGCGGGCUUCUCAUUUAUGCUGCUGCUGGCCGCCAGUGGAUUGCUGACGUUACCCUUUCUGGUCAUAGCGGAGCUGCUGCCACCCAAAAUACGCAACAUGGCGAAUAUGAUACUCAUAUCGGUGCUUUAUGUGAUUGCCACAGCGACCAUUAAGUUUAUGCCCCUCUUCACCGAAUCUUUGGGCAUGCACGGCACUGUGUUUAUGUUUGCCAGCAUGUCCUUCAGUGCCGCUCUGUUCAUUGCCAUUUUUGUGCCUGAAACCAAGGGCAAAACCAAUGAAGCCAUUCUGGCCAGCCUCUAGUAUUACUUACAAUUAAUUUUAACGGAUUUGUUAAUGUUU